UGAUGCCCGGCCCCUCGUUGUUUGUUAAGUCUCGUCCUUUUACAGGGAAACUUCUACUAUUAUGCAUCCUUCCUCUUUCAAAGUAAGAUGUCUUAAGUCGUACCAAAUGAACUAGUUGUAUUAACUGGUAGUCUGGUAUACGCCCGGAGGUCUUGCCCAAAAUUCUCACCUUUUAAUUCUUGAAAAAUACAUUGCAGAAAAGUUGGGUUCAUGCAGCAGCCACUUCUUGUUCCAGGGGAAGGAAUGGAAGAGUCGCCUCCAAAAACACUGCCAAAAUCCUUAAGGGACAGAAUUUCUGCAUACAAAGCCAUGGCUUGGGAAGCAUACAGAAGCAAACCGAUCUCACAUUGGAUUCUACUGGUUUUGAGUAGUGCUGCUAUGCUUGUGGCCUUCCCUGCUUCUAGUCUCCUUUCCCGUCUUUAUUUUUCCAAUGGAGGCAAGAGCAAAUGGCUAAUUUCGUGGGUGGCUGUUGCAGGGUGGCCUAUUCCAGCACUAAUCUUAAUUCCUACCUACUUCAUUUUAGGAGUCUAUCCUACUCCUUUAAAUUUAAAACUUGUUGUGUCUUAUAUUGUGCUGGGCUUCUUGACUGGUGCUGACAAUCUUAUGUAUGCAUAUGCCUAUGCCUAUCUGCCUGCAUCAACCGCAUCCCUAUUGGCUUCAACAGUCCUGGUGUUUUCUUCACUCUUCGGGUAUUUGCUUGUGAAAAACAAAAUGAAUGCUUCAAUCAUAAAUGCCAUAGUGAUCAUUACUGCUGGAAUGGUCAUCAUUGCGCUGGAUUCAGAUUCGGACAGGUACGGAUAUAUCACUGAUUCUCAGUACAUUAUGGGAUACGUGUGGGACAUUCUGGGAUCUGCUCUUCAUGGGCUUAUUUUUGCACUGUCGGAGUUGGUUUUCAUAAAACUUCUAGGGAGAAGAUCAUUCCAUGUUGUUUUAGAGCAACAAGUGAUGGUUUCCCUAUUCGGUUUCAUCUUCACUACAAUUGGUUGCAUUGCGAACAAAGACUUCCCAGCAAUGGCAUCUGAGGCACGAAGAUUCAAGGGUGGUAAAAGUGCUUAUUACUUGGUUCUUACUUGGGGUGUAAUCACUUUUCAGUUGGGGAUUCUGGGAAGCACUGCUAUUUUAUUUCUGGCCUCCACUGUGUUUGCUGGAGUUCUGAACUCAAUAAGAGUGCCACUCACAAGCAUUGCAGCAGUUAUAUUGUUGAAGGACCCCAUGAGCGGCUUCAAGAUUCUGUCUCUGAUUAUUACCUUCUGGGGAUUUGCUUGCUACAUUUACGGGAAUCGUCCUGCCAGUAAAGAACCAUCAUGAUCGAUUGCCAAGUUUUGCACAUAGAUCCGAAUACUUUGUGCCAAGCAAUUAUAGCAUGAUCCAUUUCCUUGAGAAGAUUCAGCUCUAGGAUUACCUUACUAGUACUGGGAACUCGUAAUGUAUAAAACUAUACCUUAUAAUCGUUUUUACCAUUGAAACGCCAACGAUGAGCUUCAGUUUCUUAAAAGUAUGCUAAAUUCGGCUUAUAUGCA